AUUCGAAAUCCCCGCCCCCUCUCUGACAAUGGCCGCUCCGCCGCCGGUGCUCACCCUGGUGGUGGAGAAAGGUCCACGCAAGGGAGAGACCCGGCAGUGCGCCGCCGGAUCCGCGCUCCGCGUCGGGCGCGUCGUCAAGGGCAACCACCUCGCCGUGCGCGACGUGGGCGCGUCCCAGCAGCACCUCGCCAUCGAGUUCCUCCCGCCGCCCGCCGCCCGAUGGGCCGUCUCCGACCUCGGCUCCUCCAACGGCUCAUUUCUCAACGGCGCGCCCCUCGCGCCCAACGUCCCCGCCCCGCUCUCCGAUGGGGACUCCAUCAAGAUCGGCGAGUCCACCGUGCUCGCCGUGUCCAUCUCCUCCGAUUCGGAUCUGAACGCCGCCGCUGCUGCCGGCCCCGAACCUAGGCGCUCCUCGCGCUACACGGCGGCGGCGGCGGCGGAGGAGAAGCCCCCUGCGGCGACUCGCCGGGGCGCGCGGAAGAAGGCCGCGGUGGCCGAGAUCCCCGAAGUGGAGAAUGAAGUGCCGGACGCGGCGGUAGUGGUGUUGGAGGAGGAAAAGGCCCGCCCGGCUACGCGCCGGGGCGGACGUGGCAAGGCAGCUGCUGCGGUGCCCGCGGAAGAGACAGAGGAGGUUGUAGAGUUGAGGCCCCAUGGGGGGCGGAAGAAGGCAGAACAGCCCCCUGAACUAGAAAAGGAAGAGGAGGAGAAGGAGCCCCCUGUAGCGACGCGCCGUGGUGGACGGAAGAAGGCGGAGCAGCCCCCUGAACAAGAGAAGGAAAAGGAGGCCCCCGUAGUGACGCGCCGUGGUGGACGGAAAAAGGCCGCGGAACCCGCUGAAUUGGAGAAGGAAGAGGAGAAGGAGGAAGCAGUGGUGGUGACACACUGUGGUGGGCGGAACAAGACCACGGAGCCCCCUGAACCUGAGAAGGAAGAAGAGGCCGAGGCCCCGGUCGUUACGCGUGGCAGGAGGAAGAAGAAUGCAGUGCCGGUCGCCCCUCCGCCACAGCCUCCAAAGACAAGGUCCAGAAGGGGCCAGGGAAGGGUUGCAAGGACCACUAGUACAAGGAGCACCGUUCUUGAGGAUGAGGAUGUGGAGGAAGAGGAGGAAAAUGAGGUGGCUGCACCAAGAGAGCUGCCAGGGAAUCUGAUGGCUUUGACGGCAGUAAAGGAUGGUGUGGAGGAGAAGGGGGAUAAGGUGGUAGCUGGGGAUGUAGAAAUUGAGGUGGCUGCAAAGACAUCGGAGGAGGAAGUCCUCAAGGGGAGGGUCAGUGCUCAAUGUGGUGCUUCUGACAAUGUGGGUGAUGAAGAAAUGGGUGUUGGAGUAGAGGAAGAUGAUGACAUUGGGGGGUUGGUUGGAAGUGGGGGAGAGCUAGGGGAUGGGGUGAAGGUGAAACAUGCUGGUAGAAGCAGCCUUGAGACCAUGACAUUGGGGGAGUGGUUUGACCGGAUGGAAAUAUACCUCCCAGGGACGAUCAACGAGGCUGCUGAUAAGAUGAUCGCUGAGUUGGAGGAGAAACAAAAGCGUAUCCAUGAGUACAUUGCGACGCUUGGUAAUAGCUCUAACCCUUACUGAAAAUUAUGUCGUCCAGGCUGGAGAAUGACCAGAAAAUACACUGGAGUUGUUCCUGUGGUGACAAUCUGUGCUUACUAAAGAAAGAAUCAAUGGUGGCUUUGUCCUUUUGGAUAGUAGGGGUAGCUGGUAGUAGUUUCAUAUGUUGACUUUUUCUCUUUGGGUUGUGAUUAGCUUAGUAUUUAUGUAUGUAUUGGUAUUUCUGUGUGGUUUCAGCAAGGUGUAGUUGGUCCUAUUUAUGCACUUUACUCAUUGUAAUGUCAGAACACUUGGUUUCAACAAUGAAAUUGAUAGCUUACCCCCCUUGUCAUAA